AUGGAGGACACCAUCACCAAAUCCCCUGCCCCCGGCGAGCCCAACAGCACUGCUGCACAAGAGCAACGCCGUAGUCUGGACAAAUUGAAUGUCAGCGACAAGGAAAAAGACCGCGCCAAAGAGCUCAUUCAGCGAGUUGGCCACCGAGUCGAGUUGACGCCGGAAAACAACAAGCGCGUGUGCCGCAAGAUCGACCUGAGAGUCCUUCCCGUUAUCCUCUUCGUCUAUUUCCUACAGGCCCUCGACAAGGCCACGCUUGCGUAUGCGUCGGUCUUCGGCCUCAUCGAAGACACAAACCUCGUUGGGAACGAGUUCAGCUGGCUUGGGUCUAUCGUCUAUGUCGCCCAACUCGUUGCGCAGCCUCUAGUUGCCUGGUGCUUGGUCAAGCUCCCAUUGGGCAAGUUCCUGGCAACUACAGUCUUGCUCUGGGGAGCGAUCCUAUCCAUCAUGCCUGCCGCGCAUAACUUUGGUGGCCUGAUGGCAACCCGGUUUCUGCUGGGUCUCUUCGAGGCUGGAGUUGCGCCUACUUUUAUCGCAGUCACUCAGAUGUGGUGGCGUCGGCGUGAGCAGCCUGUCCGUCUUGGUGCUUGGUACGCGAUGAACGGCAUCACCAACAUGUUCGGCUCUCUGAUAACAUAUGGCCUCGGCCACAUCGACACCCCGCACCUGAAGAGCUAUCAGAUCAUCUUCCUCUUCUUUGGCCUGAUCACCGUCGCCUACUCCGUCGUGGUGUUCUUCUUCAUGCCCGAUAGUCCGACAAAGACCAAGAUCCUCAACGAGGAAGAAAAGAUCAUUGCCAUCGAAAGACUUCGGCAGAAUCAGCAAGGUAUCGAGAGCUACUCUUGGAAUAUGGCACACGUCCGAGAGGCGGCUCUGGACUUCAAGACUUGGGGUUGGGCAGCUAUGAUGUUCUCCAUAUCGGUCCCUUCUGGGGGUAUUUCCACCUUUGGUCCGCUCAUCAUCCAGUCUUUCGGCUACAACCGCUUCGAGACCAUCCUCUUCAAUAUUCCUUUUGGCGCGGUACAGAUUGUAGCCACCCUCGGUGGCGCGUGGGUUGCAACAAAAAUCCGCAGAAAGGCUCCUGUCCUCAUGUUCUUGAGUCUGCCACCUAUCAUUGGAUGUCUGAUGCUGCUCUUCCUGCCCCGCGGUGCAGGGCACAAAGGACCACUCCUGGUGGCGUACUACCUGAUCUCCGUCUAUCCCGGAAUCACGCCCCUCAUCUAUUCCUGGUCAGCUGGCAAUACAGCUGGCGAGACGAAGAAGAAGACCACCACUGCUGUCCUGUUCAUCGCACAGUCUGCUGGCAAUAUUCUCGGCCCAAAUCUCUACACUCCAGCAGAGAAACCACUCUACCGUCGUGGCUUGAUCUCAAACCUGGUGCUAUUCAUUGUUUUGAUCCUUCUGUACAUCUUACAAUGGGGCUACCUACUUUGGCGCAACAAGAAGCAUGCAUCUCGCCGAACGGCUAUGGGCAAGAAUGCUGAUCGCGUUGACAAGUCGAUGAACAAGGUCACUGAACGCCAAGAGGGCGACGAGAAGCAUGAAGUUGAGGAGGUGGAAUCAGGAGAUAACUCUUUGGACGACCGCACUGAUUUCGAAAACGAGGACUUUAUCUAUACUUACUGA